AGAUUUGAAAUAAAUAGUUAUGGAAAGUUUUGAAUUAAUUAUUUCCAAUCAUUUUUAUUGGAUUUUUUGAAGGCCGCAACUAGCAUUAUGAUCAUCUGGAAAAGGAAACUGAAUGUUUGUUUUCAGUUGUUGUUGGCAUUAGCUUUCCCGUCACUUAUCGUCAUCAACUGAAAAUGGCGGAGAAUGAGUUGAACGUCGAUAGUAUUAUUUCAAGGUUAUUGGAAGUUCGUGGAUGUAGGCCUGGGAAAACCGUUCAACUCACGGAAGCAGAGGUUCGUGGAUUAUGUCUGAAAUCCAGAGAAAUAUUUCUGAGUCAGCCCAUACUCUUGGAACUGGAAGCACCUUUAAAAAUAUGUGGUGAUAUCCACGGACAGUACACAGAUCUUCUUCGUUUGUUUGAAUAUGGAGGAUUUCCGCCAGAAGCUAAUUAUCUCUUCCUUGGAGAUUAUGUAGAUAGAGGAAAGCAAUCUCUUGAAACCAUUUGUCUCCUUUUAGCAUACAAAAUUAAAUAUCCGGAAAACUUCUUCCUUCUUCGAGGAAAUCAUGAAUGUGCUAGCAUUAAUCGAAUUUAUGGUUUCUAUGAUGAAUGUAAAAGACGUUAUAAUAUUAAAUUGUGGAAAACAUUCACAGACUGUUUUAACUGUCUACCAAUUGCUGCUAUAAUUGAUGAAAAAAUAUUCUGUUGCCAUGGAGGUCUUUCCCCAGAUUUGCAAUCUAUGGAGCAAAUAAGAAGAAUCAUGAGACCUACUGAUGUUCCUGACACAGGCUUGCUGUGUGAUCUCUUAUGGUCUGAUCCAGACAAAGAUGUUCAAGGUUGGGGUGAGAAUGAUCGUGGUGUGUCUUUCACAUUUGGAGCAGAUGUAGUCAGCAAGUUUCUUAAUCGUCAUGACUUAGAUCUGAUUUGUAGAGCCCAUCAGGUGGUUGAGGAUGGAUAUGAAUUUUUUGCUAAAAGACAGUUGGUAACCUUAUUCUCAGCUCCUAAUUACUGUGGAGAAUUUGACAAUGCCGGCGGAAUGAUGUCAGUUGAUGAAACACUAAUGUGUUCAUUUCAGAUAUUGAAGCCUUCUGAGAAAAAAGCCAAAUAUCAGUAUGGAGGUCUAAAUUCAGGUCGACCAGUAACACCUCCUCGCGGACCUGUGAAAAAGAAAUAGCUGCUUCCUAUGUACAGUGAACUACCCCCCAUAUACAUUACUUCAGAUAUUUCUAUAAUUUGUGACAUCUCCUUCAAGCUCUUUACCAUGCUUUAAUGCAACUAACUGCAACAGUGCACCAAUUCCUUCUUGCAAUUAUGACAAUGCAAAGUGUACCUGUUUUAAGAAGUAUUUUGAGGGUCUAAUUAACUUUUUUGUUAGAAGAGUGUAACACUUUUUUUCUUUCCUGUUUCUAAUUGGGUGAUACAUUAGGGGGAACCUGAUUUUAGUUAUCUUACAGUAUUUCUCAAUUUUAUUGCAUGGCAAAUAUCAUCAGUUUUGUGUACUGCAAACAGAUUUUCUGUUAUUUUUGAAAAGAUUUCAGCAUUUUAUGCAUUUGGCAUUCUAAUUUAGCAGAUGAUUAUUUUACUUGAUCACGCCAAUUUAUCUAGAUUUUUCUCUUUUUAAAGAUGUUACGAAAAAUGGAGUAUUAUAUAUUCAUGAGCUUGAGUAUAAUCACGAUUUUGAAUCGGACUUUUAAAUGUGCAUUUUUUUAACUGAAAUGCUUUUUUUUUCUUCCUCCCUUUCUCUCUUUUUGGUUUAUUUAAAGUAACCAGAUUCAUUUGUUUUAUGUUUUCGUAGAAAUUUAGGAGCAGUGUGAUUUUUUUUCCCAGGUUGUUUAUAUCAUUCUGUAAAUUUUAUUCAUUUGCAUUUUAAAAAAUAUCAUUUGUGAGCAUAUUAAUCUACUGUAUAUUUUUUAUUUCAUUUUUCUUUCCUUAUUAACUAUAAUUUGCUUAGUUCUUCCCAUCUAAAAAAAAAUGCUGAAAGAAAUGAAGUACUUUGGAAGCUGGUAAUUCCCAAAGCUUUUGGAACUAGAAAGGGGGGGAAAUCUGUACCUCUGCACUGAGGAUUCCGGCCAUGUACAUUACGUAAAAGCUUAUUGUUCUGUUUUAUCAGUUUCCCGUUAGUACUGGAGGAUGUCAUUCACAGUUCUUAAUAGGCAUGUGUUACUUUAUGAUGGGUUUUUCUCAUUCUGUGUAUCCUUCGCUGUACUUUGCGGACUUGAAAAAAAGUAAAAAGAAUCAUUUUCAUUUAUUUGAGAAACAUAGAUUUUUUCCUUGAUGUUUAUCAAUGUAGAAACAGAAAAUAAAUAAAAUUUGUGAAAAGA